AUGUCAGGGGAAGAGAGGAUGGAGAUUGCAGUAGAUGAAAAGGAAGCAACCCAAAAGGUUGCAAGCAAAAAGGGUGGACUAAGGACCAUGCCUUUUAUUAUAGCAAAUGAGACAUUUGAGAAGGUUGCAGGGGUGGGGCUUCAAGCAAACAUGAUCUUGUACUUACGAAAUGAAUACAACUUAAGUAAUGCUUCCGGGGGCUACAUACUAUCUCUGUGGGUAGCAGUAUCAUAUUUUAUGCCCAUCCUAGGGGCUUUCAUUUCUGAUUCUUACUUGGGUCGGUUUACUGUGAUUGCGUAUGGAACAGUCAUCAGCCUUCUUGGAAUGAUUGUAUUAUGGUUAACAGCCCUUAUUCCACAUGCAAGGCCUCCCCAUUGUGCCCAAACUGAUGAUGAUUUGAAAGAUUGUGUAUCGCCAAAGCUAGGACAGUUUUUGCUUCUAUUUUCAUCGUUUGCUCUAUUGGCCAUUGGGGCUGGUGGCAUUAGACCAUGUUCCUUGGCCUUUGGAGCAAACCAGAUUGAUGAUCCCACCAACCCAAAAAACCAGCGUACAUUGCAAACCUUCUUCAAUUGGUAUUAUGCUUCUGUUGGAAUCUCAAUCAUGAUUUCAGUGCUAGUCAUAGUAGCAAUUCAAGAUGAAGCAGGCUGGGCUGUGGGCUUUGGAGUUGCAGUGGGGUUCAUGCUCUUGUCAACUAUCUUCUUCUUUUUGGGUUCUUCACUAUACGUUAAAGUCAAAGCAAACAAGAGCUUGAUAGCUGGCUUUGCCCAAGUAGCAGUUGCAGCUUGGAAGAAGAAGAACGUUGCUUUGCCACCAAUGGAGUAUGCUACAUGGUACCAUCACAAGGGCUCAAAGUUUGUCGCACCAACAGAAAAACUUCGGUUUUUGAACAAAGCAUGCGUCAUUGGAAAUCCUGAGAAAGAUUUGGACUGUGAUGGAUUGGCUAUAGAUCCAUGGAGACUCUGCACGGUUAAACAAGUAGAAGAGCUAAAAUCACUGAUCAAAGUCCUCCCCAUUUGUUCCACUGGCAUCAUGAUCGCAGUGACUCUAAACCAACACGCAUUCCCUGUACUCCAAGCCACCACCAUGGACAGGCACUUCAUAGGGAACCUAAAAAUCCCAGCAGGCUCUUAUGUUGUGUUUACAAUCCUUGCUUUGACAGUAUGGGUUGCCGUCUAUGAUCGACUUUUAGUCCCAUUGUUAUCCAAGUUCACCAAUAGACCUCAAGGACUCAGCCAUAAGCAACGUAUGGGUAUUGGCAUAGUGAUCUCAUGUAUAGCCACUGCAACGGCAGGAGCAGUGGAGAAUAAGCGACGAGCUACUGCAUUGAGACAAGGGUUGGCAGAUCAUCCGAGGGAUGUCGUUGACAUGUCUGCAAAUUGGCUAAUUCCACAGCAUUGCCUUGUCGGUUUAGGAGAGGCUUUCAGUGCAAUUGGGCAGAUAGAUUUCUUUUACUCUCAGUUUCCGAAGACCAUGACAAGCAUUGCAGUUGCUCUUUUCUCACUCGGUAUGGCAGUAGGGAACUUAGUGGCCAGUCUAAUCAUAGGAAUUGUGGAUGAUGUGACCAGAAGAGGAGGGAAAGUCAGUUGGGUAUCAGAUAACCUGAACAAAGGUCACUAUGAUUAUUAUUACUGGCUUCUUUCCCUCCUGAGUCUAGUGAAUUUCUUCUACUAUUUGCUAUGUGGUUGGGCUUAUGGGAGCGAGGAUAGGGAGGAAUAUGAUGAUGGAGAAGCCAUGGAAGAGGUAGAAAUGCACCCAUCUGUGGGAUCUCCAAUCAGACAUUUUGGUGUUUGAUGCUUAUUCAUUAUUGGAUUGCCCUUGAUCUUAAUGUCCUCCAUGUCACAACGA